AUGCAUGAGUCCCUGUUUAACAAUAAAAUUACUCUGAGUACACCCAGCGGACUAACACCUGUAAAGGUGGAUAUGAUUAAAACUGAAUUAGGAGUGGAAAUAAGGCUCAUAGACACUUCAAAUGUCUUUUCCCUAUGGACUUACACGCUCACAUCGUCUGAUUUCUAUAUUUUGAAAAGAGACCAGGACAUCCUUGUGGACUACGACAGAUUCAUUCAAAUACUGGUCAAUCUCUUCCAUGGAGUAUCCACGUCAAAGUACACUGCCUAUUUCAACGAAGGGGUUCUAAGGUUUAUUGAAAACCUUGAGUUCAGAAACAUUUGCAAGUUGGAGCUGAAGUUUGCAAAGCCAGAAGAAACACAGUACAGAAGAUAUCUGGGAGAUUUGAUAGGUAGAAUGGAGGGAGAUAACAUCAAACUAAUAAAGGAGAAUUCUAUUCUAAGGGACAGAUGCAUGAAUGGGGAUCAAAAUCUAAAGGAAAAGAUAAGGUUUCUGGAGCAAGACAAUACUGAGCUAAGAAGGAGGCUAGAUUUGAUACAAAAGGACUUUUCUAUUGUGCAGGAGAGGGCAUCGUCAAAGGAAGAGGAAAUGGCGAAGCUGUCCAAUAGAAUAUAUACAUUAGACAAUGAAAAUGCCCAGUUAAGAUACGAAAUGGAAAGAUACCAAAGAGAGAAUUCCGUAUCAUUCAAGGACCAGCUGAAGAACAAGGAAAACGAACUAGAAGAACUUAGCAGGGAAAUGAAUACAGCAAAUGAAAUAAUAAAGAAAUUGAGACAAGAGAAUUCUGAUUUGAAGCAGUUUAAGAGCGAGAAUCUUUCAGCCGUUCAAAAGGAGGCAGAUAGGAACGAGGAGUUAGGACUGAAGCUAGAAGACAUGACAAAGAAGAUGAGCCAGUUGGACACCAAGUAUAAGAAACUAAAAGAAGAAGUAAAGGAAAAAACACAGCGGGUGGAAGAGUUGAAUGAGACGAACAGGGUUCUAACGAAGAGACUUGAGAAUGCACAAAAUGUCUAUAACCACUUCUAUUCGAAAAAGAUCGAAGAUCAUCCCGACAACUUUUCAGACACAUUCAGUCUUAGACCAGAGUCCCCUCCAGGAAGAUAG